CGCUGAGCCCCCCACCCCGGCGCUGCCGCCCCCGACAUCGGCGGGGCCCCGCGCAGUUCCCUGUGCCCAGGACCCGUGGCACCGUGGCCAUGUCUGUGCCGGGGAGCAGACGCGCGUCCACAGGAUCACGAAGGUGAAUAUGCUUCAACCUCUGGCCUCGGGACUGGACACCAGCGCCUGCAGCCGGGAUGAGACGAUCCCCACGAUCCCCACACCUCCACCACCAGCUGCCACUUCGCAGCACGAACCCCCAGCCCAGCUUUCAGGGGUUUGCAUGGCGCUGCCCGCUGCACAGCACUUCCCUGUCCGUGCAUGCAGCUCCCCGAGUGCUGCACGCCCCGUCCCUCUGUCCGUCUGUGCCACAGCCAGGACCGACCCCUCCGUCCGUCCAGGCGAAGGCAGGCAGUGGUGGAGAGCACUGGGUUGGGGCAGUGAAACUGGGAGUCGCGGGGUUUAUGGACGGAGUGGCUUUGCCUCCUUCUUUAAGUCUUCAGCGCCCUCAGCCACUCGGCCUGAGACACAGCCUCUUCUCCCUGCCUCCAGGCGCCCCUCGCCCCCCGGGAGGGACACCUACGGCACCUCCUCGCUGAGCAGCAGCAGCAAUUCUGGCUCCUGCAAGGGCAGCGACAGCAGCCCCACCCCAAGGCGCUCGUCCAAGUACAACCUCUGCAGUGACAACCAUGGGAUAAAGCCACCGACGCCGGAGCAGUACCUGACUCCCCUGCAGCAGAAGGAGGUCUGCAUCCGGCACCUGAAGGCUCGCCUGAAGGACACGCAGGAGCGGCUGCAGGACAGGGAUGCUGAGAUCGAGGACCUGAAGACGCAGCUGUCACGGAUGCAGGAGGACUGGAUCGAGGAGGAGUGCCACCGCGUGGAGGCCCAGCUGGCGCUGAAAGAGGCUCGCAAGGAGAUCAAGCAGCUGAAGCAGGUGAUCGACACGGUGAAGAACAACCUGCUGGAGAAGGACAAAGGCCUCCAGAAGUACUUCGUGGAUAUCAACAUCCAGAACAAGAAGCUGGAGACGCUGCUGCACAGCAUGGAGGUGGCACAGAACGGGGCGCUGAAGGAGGAGGGCGCCGGCGAAUCUGCCGGGGGGUCCCCGGCCCGAUCCCUCACCCGCAGCUCCACCUACACCAAGCUGAGCGACCAGGGAGCCGGGGACCGCAACGUGGGGGGCUCGCAGACCAUCUCACUGGACGAGGGGGCCGACAGCGGCUUCGUGGGGAUGGAGGAGGCUCCGGGCCACACGGACUCGCUGGAGGAGGGGGGCGAGCCCGGCGCCCGCCUGCCCCCCAGCAACACCUACGAGAAGGUGCUGGGACUGCGGAGCAGCGCGGAGGCGGGGGUGCAGGCCAGCUGCAUGCAGGAGCGGGCCAUCCAGACGGACUUCGUGCCCUGCCAGCCCGACCUGGACACCAUCCUAGAGAAGGUGAUGAAGUCCCAGGCUUGCAGCUUGGGCAGCCCCACCUCCGCCUGGGUCUCUGAAAUGGAAGACACGAUGCCCGUCCCCGAGCUCGCCAACCCCACCGGGAGCACGGACCUGACGGUGGCCGAGCCCGACGCCGCGACGGCGGCUGCCGGUGCCGAGGGGAGCGUUCCCUGCAAGCCGGCGGUGCGGCAGCCCCCCAGCGCCAGCCCCUCGGUGGCCAUCGCCUGCGUGGCGGAGGAGGAGCUGACGGAGGUGACCGGCUGCGAGACCAACCCUUCCAAGAGCUACUGGAGCCGCCACUUCAUCGUGGAUCUGCUGGCCGUGGUGGUGCCGGCGGUGCCCACGGUGGCCUGGCUGUGCCGCUCGCAGCGGCGGCAGGGCCAGCCCAUCUACAACAUCAGCUCGCUGCUGCGGGGCUGCUGCACCGUCGCCCUGCACUCCAUCCGCAGGAUGGGCUGUCGCCCCGUCGCCAGCCCAGGAGGCGCUGCCCAGCCCUGACCCCUCCGACGCCCCCCGCCCGCCCCCACGGACCCGACUGCUGAUUGUAAAGCCCCGGCGUGGCUCUGGCGGGUGGGAAGGGGCCGAGGGCUCUGUGGGUGCACCGAGGUGUGCUGGCCCCCCCCAGCUCCUUUGUCCUGGAGGAGGGAAAGAACCGUUGUUGGAAGAGGGGUCAGCGUCACCCCGCGCCGAUGGACACCCUGUCCGUGCCUCUGGCUGCGGGGAGCUGUGGGACUGCACCCGCCACGGGGGCUCUCCCUCCAUCGCACUUGCUUUUUGUUUGUCGCUGGGUUACCCCCGGAGCCAGCCCUGCCACGGGCGGCUGAUGGCAAGGAGCCGCUGGCAGCGCUGGUUCUUUGCUCCAGGUGCUGCCUCUGUCUGUGGGCAGGGGAUGGGGAGUUCCUGUCCAGACACAGGGAUCGGCUCCGGAGCGGUUCGGGCCAGCCCCCCAUUCCCUAGGAGAUGCCUCCCACACUGGGGUGGAACUGGGCCGCAGCUCACGCACGGAGCCCCCCGAGGAAGCUGUGGGCUCUCCCUCCCUUUGCUUUGCACUAUAUUCACUUUUUUGGGGGUACAGACUGAAGCCCGGCUGUUGGGACUCUGGCUGCCGGGGGCUCCUGCAGUUUUGUCAGCCGUGAUGCCGGCGGGUCCCACCAUGUGCUGGAGCUCGGAUGCCUUUGCUGGGGUGCGGGCCUUGCCAUGCAGGCAGAGCCAAGCCCUUUGCUGCCCCGGCCCACCCAAACCUCUGCUUUGCCGGUGGCCUCCGGAAAAAAUGCCUUUUUUGUUGUUGUUGUUGAAACACAAAGACAGCAAGGAUUGCUCAGCGGGGCUGCUGGGGUGCGGGACUUGGGGCUCCCCCGGGCGCGCCGCACUCCCACCCCACGAAUGUCUGUGGUUUCUUCGUGACUUGAACUAACAGUGUUUCUCCCCAACCCCAACCCAAGCCCUCUCCCCCACCCAUGGGUGCCCCCGGCCAGGUGCCCUGGCAGCCGGUGAUGCUCCACACGCCGGUGUCCAGCGGUCCCCAGAGGGGCACGUGCCACAUCCCGUGUGCCCCACGCUUCCCUGCAUCCCCUUCCCGCUGGCUCUGCCCGUGCUGGGGAGCAGUGGGGACAGCAGCUCUGCCACCAGCACAGCACCAGGUGCCGGGGGAAAGAUUUGGGGAGCAGCAGUGUCCAGGCAGCCGGGGCAGCUGGGAUAUUCGCCUCUCGUGCAAUGUAUUUGUGGAUCUGUGUACACGUCUGUUAGACUAUCCAAAGCUUUGCCAAGAAAUAAAUGUAACGACUAUAUUUGAAAGACAAAUCUAUAUAAUAUAUUUUUUAAAUACAGAACUGAAAAAGCUGUAA